GUAGCCUCCUGUUAGCCUCCUGUUAGCCUCCUGUUAGCCUCCUGUUAGCUUCCUGUUAGCCUCCUGUUAGCCUCCUGUUAGCCUCCUGUUAGCUUCCUGUUAGCUUCCUGUUAGCCUCCUGUUAGCCUACUGUUAGCCUCCUGUUAGCUUCCUGUUAGCCUCCUGUUAGCUUCCUGUUAGCUCGUCAGUGUGUCGCUGCACCGGAGGACGUCACGGAGAAAUGGCGCAGAGAAAGACUCCGAGAAGUCACAGCAGAAAAGAGGCCAAGGUUCCACCAGUGGAGAGCAAGAAUGGAAAGAGGACGGAGGGAGGAGGAGGUCCUAAAUACUCCAUGUUCACCUGGGUCGUGGUCCUGGCUCUGCUCGGAGUGUGGAGCUCCGUGGCCGUGGUCUACUUCGACAUCGUGGACUACGACAGUGUCAUCGGUAAACUCACGGCUUACGACACAGACGGAGACGGAGACUUUGACGUGGAAGAUGCUAAAGUUCUGCUCGGACUGAAAGAGGCAGAACAAACUAAUGUGGGAGAUUCACCAGAGGAGAAAACCAGAGUUUUAAAACCUGAAGACGUCAGCGAGCUUGAGGCUCCAGAGCUGCAGAGGGAGGAGCCAGCGGACGCCAAGCCUCCUGAAACCUUCACGCCUCCAGAGACUCCAUCAGUCUCUGGAGCUCAGGACGUGGAGUCUGAAAUCCAAGCUGCUGUCCCUCUUCCUCCUCUGGUGGAAGACGACUUUGUUCCAGACGAUCCUGGAGACUCACGUCCACACGAGGAUGACGUCGUCGCCAUCGACAGCACAGGAGUUCUGUUGGAGGAGCCGCUGCCCGAGGAGAGUUCAGUGACGUCCGGACGUCAUGUGACCAGCUCCAGGUUCUCACAGGAAGCAGAACCGACAGAGAAAGAUUCUGAGGAACGAGCGGAACCAGAACCUGAGAGAGAGAAGCUCAAAGAGCCGGAGAACAUCCCAGAGGCUGAGGAAACAUCAGAGAAUCCGACUCAGGAGAAGCUCCGAGAAAAAGCGAAGAAGAAAAAACCCAAACUGUUGAACAAGUUUGAUAAAACGAUAAAAGCCGAGAUCGAUGCAGCAGAUAAACUUCUGAAGAAGGGGAAGGUGGAGGAGGCGUUACGAGCCUUCGAGGUUCUGGUGCAGCAGUAUCCUCAGAGUCCACGCUCUCUCUAUGGAAGAGCUCAGGCGGAGGACCAGGUGGCGGAGAAGCAGCGCAGUAACGAGCUGCUGCAGAAAGCCAUCAACAGCUACAGGGAGGCGGCCGAGCUGCCGGACGCCCCCCCCGACCUCCUGAGGGCGGCGCUGAAGAGACGAGCCGAGAGGCAGCAGUUCCUGGGACGCAUGCGGGGGUCUCUGGCGACUCUGGAGAAGUUGGUUCAGAUCUUUCCAGACGACGUCGGUCUGAAGAACGACCUGGGCGUCGCCCACCUGUUGCUAGGAGACAACAAGGGCGCCAAGAAGGUGUACGAGGAGGUCCUGGAGGUUGCCCCCGGCAACGGCUUCGCUAAAGUUCACUACGGCUUCAUCCUGAAAUCUGAGAACAAGAUCGCAGAGAGUAUACCAUACCUGAAGGACGGUCUGGAGUCGGGGGAGCCGGGGACGGACGACGGGCGGUUCUACUUCCACCUGGGAGACGCUCUGCAGCGAGUCGGAGACGACAGCGCGUACCACUGGUACGAGCUGGGACACCGACGAGGACACUUCGCCUCCGUGUGGCAGAGGUCUCUGUACAACGUGAAGGGACUGAAGGCUCAGCCCUGGUGGACGCCCAAAGAGACGGGCUACACCCAUCUGGUCAAGACCCUGGAGAGGAACUGGAGGACGAUCCGGGACGAAGCUCUGUCUGUGAUGGAUCAGAACACCGGACUGUUCGUCCCCGAGGAGGAAAACCUGCGAGAGAAGGGAGAGUGGGGCCAGUACACACUGUGGCAACAAGGGAGGAAAGAUGGAAAUUCCUGUCAGGGCGUCCAGAAGACCUGCUCCCUGCUGGAGAGAUACACUGAAGCUACAGGCUGCAAGAGAGGACAGAUUAAGUUCUCUGUGAUGCAGCCAGGAACCCACGUGUGGCCUCACACUGGUCCCACUAACUGCAGACUGAGGAUUCAUCUCGGCCUCGUCGUCCCCAAGGAGGGCUGCAGGAUCCGCUGCACCAACCAGACCAGGGAGUGGGAGGAGGGUAAAGUCCUGAUCUUCGACGACUCCUUCGAGCACGAGGUGUGGCAGGACGCCGUCAGCUACCGACUCAUCUUCAUCGUGGACGUCUGGCACCCGGAGCUGACGCAGCACCAGCGCCAGACGCUGAGCGCCAUUUAGGAGCCGGAGGCGGAGCGAGGGAGGAGCCGGCGAGAGGGAGGAGCCGGCGUGAGGGAGGAGCCGACCCGGUGGCGACGCCCCGUUAAACACGGGAGUCUGCGAGGACCGACACACUGAUUGAGUGUUUCACUUUGUUUGUGGAUAAACUACUAAAAGUGCAGCAGACGAAGAACUGAAGGAUGGAAAAUAAAAAUCCAAAUGUUUCUGGGAAAUACUACUGACCUGAUAACAGCUGCAGGAGGGGGAGCCAGGUGACCACCUGCAGGAGGCGGAGCCAGGGCCACCACCUGCAGGAGGCGGAGCCAGGGCCACCACCUGCUGCUCACCAGGGACACACUUUGUACGGUUGUUUCACUUUAAGUUGUUUGAAUUUUUCCCAAAGGUACAAAAGUUCCUGAGUUCAAACCAGUUCUCUGGGGUCAAAGGUCAAGUUUAGUCGUUCGAUUUUGUGGUAAGAAAAAAAACACUAAAAUCUCUUCAUUCCAUUAAAGCUCAUAAACAUUUAAUAAUGAUGCUGAUCUGUGAAAUGUCACGUGUUCAUUAACGAAGAGAGAGAGGUGGUAGUUCUAGCUCGACCACGGUGCAUUCCUGUGUUCACGCAGCUGGGUUUGAAUUUUCCCGUUUCCACAGCGACAAGGAAACGUGAGAUUCUAUUAAAGAGGAUUUAUAUUUAUAUAAAAAAUACAACCACCAAAACAA